UUCUCAUUUGAAUAUUUGCUACUAUCACCAAUAUUUGCACUGAGGACCGUUCCAUCAAGGCUAUGCCAUGACUUCUUCACGAAAUCCUCAUGCCUGCCUACUCGUCAGAGCAUCAAUACAACUCUGACAGUGAGGUAUGGGUAUCACGCUCAGGCACCAUCCAUUUUCAGGGCUAGUUCAUUCGGCAA